AUGGGGGAGAUUCUGGAACAGGUCUUCAUUUCUGUAGGGCUGCUGGUGUGCCUGGUCUGCCUGGUGAAGUGUGUGAGAUUCUCCAGAUACCUUUUACUGAACUACUGCAAAGUUUUGCCAAGGCCUUUCUUGCGGUCCAUGGGACAGUGGGCAGUGAUCACCGGAGCAGGAGAUGGAAUUGGGAAAGCAUACUCAUUCGAACUGGCUAGACGUGGCCUCAACGUUGUGCUCAUCAGCCGGACAUUGGAAAAACUACAAGCUGUUGCCAGGGAGAUCGAGUGGACAACAGGGAGCAGGGUAAAGGUCAUACAGGCAGAUUUCACCAGAGAUGACAUCUAUGAGUGCAUUAAAGAAAAGCUGAAAGGCUUAGAAAUUGGCAUUUUAGUUAACAACGUUGGCAUGCUUCCAAACCUUCUCCCGAGCUAUUUCCUGAGUGCGCCGGAUGACAUCCAGAGCCUCAUCCACUGUAACGUCACCUCGGUCGUCAAGAUGACGCAGCUAGUUUUGAAACACAUGGAAUCAAGGCGGAAAGGUCUCAUCUUGAACAUUUCUUCUGGGGUGGCCCUCUUUCCCUGGCCCCUCUACUCCAUGUACUCGGCGUCCAAGGCUUUCAUGUGCGUGUUUUCCAAGGCAUUGCAAGCAGAGUACAGAGCCAAAGGAAUCAUCAUCCAGGUGCUGACUCCAUAUGCUGUUUCAACGGCAAUGACCAAGUAUCUAAAUACCAACAUAAUAACCAAGACUGCCGAGGAGUUUGUCAGAGAAUCACUGAAUUAUGUCACUAUUGGAGACGAAACCUGUGGCUGUCUUGCCCACGAGGUCUUGGCAGGUUUCCUGAGCCUCAUCCCAGCUUGGGCCUUCUACAGCAAUGCCUUCCAGAGGUUGCUCCUGACACGCUACACCAGUUACCUGAAGCAGAACGCCAAGGGCAGGUAG